CCUCUUCCCCGGGAGCUCCCAGUCCACCGAUUCCUAUCCCCUCUUCAAGUCACCUCCCGGACGCUGUGUAACAUCAAAACAAUUCGCCUCGACCUCGUAAUGCCUCGGAGUUGAUAAACUACCUGUAUUUUCCGUGUUAUCACUCCAUCGAAAUGUGCAAUUCUACAAAAGGAAUCCACAGAUAGACUGUACAUGGUCACGGAUCAUCCACUUGUGUAAACCGUUUGAUUAGCUUUAAUAAGUGUAUAAAAGACUUCGUCCAGGUUAAGAUGUCAAGUGCAAUGGCCACGGAGGAACGUCGUGUGGCCCUGAUAACUGGUAUCACCGGUCAAGAUGGUUCGUACCUCGCAGAAUUUCUUCUCGAAAAGGGGUACGAAGUGCAUGGGAUUAUCAGACGUGCAAGCUCCUUCAAUACUGCCAGGAUUCAACAUUUAUAUGCAGAUCCCAAAAGCCAUCGUCAUGGAAAAAUGAAGUUACAUUGGGGAGACAUGACAGACUCCAGUGGAUUAGUUAAAGUUAUAGCUGCAGUACAACCGACUGAAAUUUACAAUCUUGCAGCGCAGAGUCAUGUUAUGGUGAGUUUCGAAUUGAGUGAAUACACAGGUGAAGUAGACGCCAUUGGAACUGUUCGUCUUCUGGAUGCGAUAAGAACCUGUGGUUUGGAGAAAAAGGUCAAAUUUUAUCAGGCAUCGACUUCAGAGUUGUACGGUGGAAAGGACGCUACAUACCCCCAGAACGAACAGACACCGUUCUAUCCUCGUUCACCAUAUGCUUGUGCUAAACUUUAUAGCUACUGGAUUGUCAUAAACUACAGGGAGGCGUACGGAUUGUACGCUUGCAAUGGCAUUCUGUUUAAUCAUGAGAGCCCGAGGCGGGGUGAGAAUUUUGUUACGAGAAAAAUCACCAGGGGUGUGGCGAAAAUUCACGUUGGAGCACUGGAUGUUCUGGAGCUAGGGAACUUGGAUGCCAGGAGGGAUUGGGGACAUGCGAGAGAUUAUGUUCAGGCCAUGUGGAUGAUGCUUCAGCAAGAGACUCCUGAAGAUUACGUUAUAGCGACUGGAGAGAGUCACAGUGUGAGGGAAUUCGUUGAAACAGCCUUCCGACAUGUGGACAUUAAUAUCACUUGGACGGGGGAGGGUGUCAACGAGGUUGGGAGUGAUAAGGAGACUGGGAGAGUGUUGGUUCGGGUGAAUCCAAAAUAUUUCCGGCCAACGGAAGUCGUCAUGCUCCUGGGUGAUUCGACGAAGGCGAAGGGGAAGUUCGGAUGGCAGCCGACUGUCAGUUUUCCGGAAUUAGUCAAAGACAUGUUGGACGCAGACAUUGAGCUGAUGAAGAGAGAUCCAACGGCCUAAUCAGUCUCGGGUACUAAGAAAAAUUGUAAAAAAGUCAUUCCAACCCAAUGAUCCAUAUUUAAGCCAGGGAAAGCCGCAUUUUUUAAGUCUAUAUGUUAUGCUAACUGACGCGACUCAGUAUAAACAAAAAUUGAAUUUUUGAGCACAAGUCUUUGUUGAAAGAGAACGAAAUAAAAAUAAAAAUACUUAUUGAUAA